AUGAGUAUUGAAGAUGUAGCCUGGGGUUAUUUUAGUGAACUGGUCAAUAGAAGCCUAAUUCAAGUGACUCGUGUGUUUUAUGAAGGAAUGCCCGGAAAUUGUCGAGUCCAUGAUCUAUUGCGAGAAAUUAUCAUUUCCAAGUCAAGAGAACAAAACAUGAUCACAAUUACCACUGGACAACCAACAAGGUGGCCGUCCGAGAAGGUACGCCGUCUAAUUGUCCAUACUAGUAGUAGUAACAACACUCAGCACCACCAGCAAAUGCAAAAUUAUUGCUUUGACCACCUUCGGUCAUUCGUUACAAUUGGAUCCACGGACCCAUCACUGUCCAGAAUGUUGUUAUCUAAAGUUUCAGGGAGUAGUAAGUUGUUAAAGGUUUUGGAUUUGAGAGCUCAAGAGACACAGAGAGAGAUACCAAAUGAGAUUUUCAACUUGUUUCAUCUCAAGCAUCUAGACCUAUAUGAUACAAGAGUGGAGAGAGUCCCAAAAGCCAUUGGAAAGCUUCAACAUUUGGAGUAUUUGAAUUUGGGAAACACUGAAGUUAGGGAAUUACCUAUGGAAAUCCUAAAACUGCAAAAACUUCGGGUUCUCAAAGUAUAUCAACAAAUUGAUCCUUCAGAUGAUGAUUAUGGACGCCAUGGAUUUAAAGCUCUAUUCAAUAUGGGAGGGCUUCUUGCUCUAGAAAUAUUAAGCUGCAUAGAUGCAAGUAGUGGAUGCAUAACAGUUGAGAUAGGAAAGCUGACCCAAUUAAGAGAAUUAGCUAUUACAAAGUUGAGAAGAGAUGAUGGAAAGGAGCUCUGCUCCUCCCUUGCCAGCCUCACCAGUCUUCAUAAAUUGAGCGUUUAUUCAAUUGGAAAAGGUGAUGAUCAUGAGAUAAUCGAUCUAAAUCAUCAUCAUCCUUCUUCUUGUUCGUUUCUUCAAUCUCUUCGUAUGCUGAUUUUGUGUGGCCGCUUAGAAAAGAUGCCACAAUGGGUAGCUCAUCUUCACAGCUUGUUAAGAAUAGAUUUGAAUUGGAGCAAGUUAAGGGGUGAGGAGGAUCCACUUGAAUCCCUCCAACAUUUGCCCAAUUUGAGUAGAAUUAAUUUCUGUGGAUCUUACCAGGGAGAAGGGUUGUGUUUCAAGACUGGAGGGUUCCUAAAGUUGAAGUUGUUGCAGUUAAAGAGAAUGGAAGGGUUGAGAUGGAUGAGAGUGGAGGAGGGUGCAUUGCCUUGUCUCCAUCAACUCAUUUUGGAACAACUUCCACUACUAGAUGAGUUACCUUUGGGUAUUCAGCACUUGAGCCAUCUUCAAGAGCUGUAUUUGUAUGAGAUGAGUUCUGAAAUGAUAGACAAGGUAGAGAAUCAGAAGGAAGAAAGUGAAGAUUGCAGAAGAAUCGCACACAUUCCUGAAAUUAUCAUUGGUUUCUAUACAGAUGAUGGGAAAUGGAGAAAGCGCCAGCUCUGGGAGGGGACGAAGAAGAACACAUAA